AUGGCUACACCAGCCAUCGAGGUGCUGGAAGAGAUGGAUACACCAGCACCUCGAUUUUCCGAGGCCUAUCGCCUCGGUGAUACUUGUGUGGCCAGCACCGAGCACCAGCGUGUAUACCGUAUACAACGCUCUCGGGGAGGGUUCCAGGAGGAAAAACAACGUGAUCUGAGUGAACUCCACACGCUGUAUACGCGGCGUAGACUAGAGGAAAGCUUUCAGGGUCUCUCGAGUGUCCGCAGCAGCGCCAAUUGGUUCCAACCGGCACCUUGCGUGUCUCCCCGAGUGCCAGAGGAGAAGCCGCUAUCCCCAGUAGCUAAACAGAAAGAGAAGCAAGUGGAAAACGAACUGUUGGCUCAGCAGAGCGAGAUCAGCGCGGAGCUUCAGGCAGUAAGACGGCAAUUGAAUGACUUCCAGGACAAGUGGAAGAAAAGCGUGGAAGCUAAAGCAGGAGAGAGCUCGGAAGCAUCGACCGUGCAGAGUUCGUGGCCCUCUCCUAUUUCUGUACGGCAUGUACGUACGGGUUUCCAGGAGACUGCUGUUCAGACUGAAAAUGAUGAGAGAGAACACGCAGUGACUCAAUGGCUAUUGCUUCUCACGCAAAAAUUGGAGACAUUAACAAGGAAAUACUCUCACGAACCCACGCAGAGUUUCCAGGCGUCAAUGACAUACCUAGCGAGAGUUUGGGGCCCGAAUAAUGAUAGUAAUGGGUUAUUGAAGGAGACAAAAGAAACUAACAACGGCAGCGGUGAGGCAGAUGAGGGACCAGCGCUCUCGUCGUGGCAUGUAGGCCGUGAUCUGAAAGCUGCAGUCCCUUUAGAAGUGGCAGAACAAUUUUUGGAACUAGAACAUUCCAUUGCGUCCUUGAACACAGCAGUGGAGCAGCAUGAACGCAGACAGAUGACCAACUUCGAUCGUGCGAUACAACAAGUGCAAGGAUUCCACCAAGAGCGGAUCCAAAAAGUGGUUGAUGAGUCUCUUGCGGAGCUGAAACUUGUUCGUGGUAGAUACAAGAAGAAGGAAGCUCAGCUUGAAGACGAGCUACGUGCUGCCAAUAAAGAAAUCGAGCAGUGGAAACUGACAGCAGCAGAAGCCGAACACCGAAAAAAAUUAGAUCGCGAAUCGUUGGAGUUCCAGCUUACAGCAGCAAAAGAACAGCACGAUCAUAUCUGCCGUCGCUACGAGGGAGAUAUAGUGCGCCUGAAAACUCAACUCGAAGUAGUGCGAGCUGAGCGGAAACAGGUUCUAAGUCAGCACAGAGACACCCAUGAGGUCAUAGCACAGGCGAAGGAAGGGGCAGUAGCACUGGAGAGACAAUGCCAAGCACUGAAAAAACAACAAGAGCGUGCGAAGGAGCUUCACGACAGAGAAAUACGCGUGCUUCAGGACUCUGUCCGACAGCUCCGAGAAGGUAAAGACGAUAUGGAACUUCGACAUGCCAAGGAAAAACAAGCGUUGAUCGAGACAAUUCAAAAACUGGAGGCAAAGCAAACCGAUACACAGGAAGCGCGAAUACGAGGUGAAAUCGAGCAACAGAUAAUACCGGAAAGACUGGCGAGUCUGGAGAAUCAACAUCAAGAAACUGUUAGCGCAAUGGAGAGUGAACACAAGCGCCAGCUUGCAGAGUUAGCAGCAAGACUGGACGAGACCAAGAGAUCAGCUCCUUCAACUUGGAAGCUAGCGACGCACAAGCGCAAAUUGAAGGACUAA